AGGCACAGUUUUAAGCUUAGCAUCAAACAUAUUUUAACAUAACUGUACAAGAGGGUCAUUACAAAACAUCUUGAGUAAUUGCAUAUCUGUGAACAUUUGGAAACAUUUAGGCCUACUUCAUUGCUAUGGAUUUCAUGUACCUAACAUGCCUAAUCUGGCUUAGUUUUGUUUCAAGACAAGUUUUAUCCGAAGAAAUUUGUUAUGAGGAAGUCGGUUGUUUUACGGACGAAGAUUGCCACUGGUUAGGUUUCCCACCAAACCAACCAUCCGAUAUCAAUACCCGGUUCUUCCUAUAUACCCGACGUAACCGGUUUGAACCGCAGGAGCUCCGACGCGGUGAUAUCGACGGCCUUCGAGCGUCGAACUUUGACCCGAGGAAGAAGACGGUCUUCUCUUCACACGGUUAUACUUCGGAUUCUUUCACGUCAUGGGAGCUGGAUAAAAAGAACGCCCUCCUCGAAGCGGAGGACUCAAACGUCAUCUGCGUAGACUGGGGUGCGGGCGCCCUGGGUCUAUACAGCAAAUGUCAUCAGAACACCCGGGUAGUUGGCCGAGAGGUCGGUUUGCUGGCCAGAUUUCUCAACCUCGAGACCGGCAUGUAUUACAAGGACGUUCAUUUGGUCGGUAUGAGUCUCGGAGCCCACGUCAUGGGAUACGCUGGCGAGUUUCAACCUGGUAUUGGAAGAAUAACAGGUCUCGACCCCGCAGGUCCUUAUUUUCGCGAUGAAGGUUUCGACUUCCGUAACAACGGACCCCAGUGUCGACUGGAUCCGACGGACGCCAUCUUUGUUGACGUCAUUCAUACAGAUGCCAAUGACAUUACAGGACUCGGACAGAUGCAACAGAUGGGGCAUCAAGACUUUUACCCUAAUGGUGGACGAACCCAGCCCGGUUGUACCGAGUCAGACCUUCUCUCCGGUUGCAGUCACAUGCGCGCUGUCGCUCUAUUCAGCGAGAGCGCGCGGUCAACCACCUGCAAAUUUACCGCGUACCCGUGCGACAGCUGGAGAAACUUUACAUCCGGUGGAUGCGGUGAUUGCGGAGAGAGCGGUUGCGCCGUGAUGGGCUUCCUCGCUGACCAAAACACCGCAGUUAGCGGUAAUUUUUACCUCCACACCGAUUCGCAGUCGCCCUAUUGUUUGCAAGAUUAACGGAUGCAUAGUCUUAUUCUUGGGUUUCAUUGUAUAUGAAAAUAGCUAUUUGCUUUCAAAAUAUCUGAUGCAGAGAUGUGCAAUAGGUCAUAGUUAUGAUGUCAUAAUGACAGAGUAUAUUUUUUUGUUUAAAUGUUUGUUGAAAAUAGUAAUCGUUUUACAUAAAUAUAAAUAUCCCUUUAAUGUCUACUAGUAGUAAUAACACAAUAAAGUUACUAGCGAUUUGUCGUGGUACUAGCACAAUGCUAACAUUAAUCAUGUUCAUUUGCUGAAUUCUUAAAUUAAGGGUGUAUUCAGAGGUUCAUGCACGUUCAGAAAAUAGACAUGAAUCUAUUCAUUCACAUUAAUUUUGAUUAUAAUUAGCAAGACAUUUGUAUGCCAAUUUUACAACCUUAUAAGAUCAUACGCAACUAUAUUUACUUUAUAUAUAUUUCAAAAAUUUGAUUGCAGUUUCUUUUGUCAUUUUUGUAGUAUUGUUGUAUACCGUUUGCUGGUAAUAGAAACAAUAUUCUCCUAAAUUUUCCGGUUGAUAAUGGGAUAUGAAUAUAGGAGACAAAAAAUGCGAACUAUGUAAUAUUGGGUAAUGAAAUAAUUAGGUAUUUUAGCCAUGUAUUUUUUGUUUGUUUCUGUAAUCUCAUAAAAAUAGAAUCUACAAUACUAACAAUAAAGAAAGAUGCUAAUCAU